CCCACUCCUCCCAGCAGGAAGUCUGUUUCUGCUGCAAUCAGUCACUUGGGUUCAUCUGGUCUUAAAGGCAUAGCCUGCCACAGUGGAUGGGGACAGGUUGAGACCUGACCAUGUCAGGCUGGGGGGAUGGGUGCAGUGUGAGGAGAAGGCCUGGGUUUAAGGAGUUCAUUCUAGAAACCAGUCAGCUUGCAGGGGCAGGGCAGACACCACAUGGCUCUAGCCAGGUCCCCUAGCCUCCCCCAUCCCCCAAAGCAGACCUUAGGGUGCUGAGCAGUGUUGGGAGGAGUCAGGGAGUACAGAGCCAUGUGGAGGACUCACGGUGUUUUAGAGACUGGCACUGCCCUGAACAGGGCGCUCUUCCCCCCCAGUCUCUCCUCCCAAGCCCAGCAAGGACAGUACAGUAGACCCCUGGCCUCUGACCAGUGCUCCCCGUGGUUCCUUGUCCCCCAUCGUGACCGAAGGCAGAGAGACCGCAACCCUGGGGAGCCUGAGGAGACAGGAAGACUGAAGAAAAGAGCCACAGCCUUCACUCCAGUGCUUCCAUCAUAUGGGAAGGAGCAUGCAGGUCAGGUGCCUCGGGACAGCCAGCCCUGGCAGUGCCCACUGACGCAGCCAUGUGAGUCGGGCACAGCUGUGCUGUCUGCCCCUGGCGGCCGGAGCCGUGGCAGCUUCGGCAGGAGUGAACUUGUGGAAGAGUGUGAGGGAGAGGCCGGGAAAAGAGCUGCAGAAGCAGCUACUCCCCCCCCCCCCCCCCCGCGUGAGGACCAGCAAUCAUCAAAAGCAGAGCGGCAGCCCGGUGUCACCCUCACACUACAGCCAUUGCUAACCUGGGGGGCUGCUGUCACCACACCCUGCACACGGUCCUCCAACCUCAUUGUCCCUAUAAGCAGAGGAGCUCUGGCUGGCCCCCAGGGGACUCCCACACUAGUGGAGGUCAGAGGACAGCUUGUCUGAGUUAAUUCUCCCCUAUCAUUGAGUCCCAAGCAUUGAACUCAAGGCCUCAGGCUUGACAGCAAGCGUCUCCACUAUUUAACUGUCGCACUGGACUAGUGGAAGGGUGUAUAUUUGUUUGUUUGUUUGAGACUACGUCUCCUUAUGGUUCUGGCUGUCCAGGAACUCGCUAACUUUGAACUCAGAGCUACACCUGCCUCUGCCUCUAGCCCUGGAAGUAAAGGUGUGCGCCGCCACGCCCAGCCCAUUCCAGUCUCCACUCUUGUCUCUCAACUCCUCAGAAGUCCCUGUGCUCUUGAGCUAAAAUGAGGACAAUAUAAACUAUUUUUAAACAGUUAUCACAGAAGUGAGCAGGGGUGACGCCUCCCAGAGGCUGAGCAGCAGGGAGCUGGGCCAGUGUCCUUGCAGAAGUGCUGAAGUCUGUCCCUGCAGGGCUGCAGUGGUCCCCUGCAGGGCUGUGGCUCAAGCAGAUGUUCCUGAGAAGGCUCAGCUCAGCGGGAAGGGAAUGCUUGUGGCCUGCUCAGGCUGGGGGCCAAGGGAGUUUCCACCCUCCCUCCCAGUUCAGCAGCAAUGAGACUCCAGGGCCUCUGGCCACACAGUCACAACAGCAGCUUCAUUCCUAGGUGACCGGUCCUGAGUCACAGACUGUGGGCUCGGACUUGUCACGAGCAGCGCUUACGGUGCGCAGCCUGGAAUUCGCUGUUCGGAGUCUGGUCUCAGCCGAAAGUCUCCGUUAUCACUACAUCUCUGCUGCUUCCUCUUUUGAAAGAGAAACGGUGCUAAGUGGGCUCCAAGUCCGUGUCUGCACGCAGGUUGUCGGCCCACGAUUCCCAAGGCUGGACUGUCGAGGGGUAGACUCUGCUGACGCCAGGCCAGGGGCCCCACAUGGCUGCUCUUUGCAAAUGAAGUUUCUAUUUGUUUAGGACCUGAGUUCCGCUCCCAGCACCUGCAUCACGAUGCUCUCAGCCACCUGCAACUCCGGCUCUACAGGAUCCGACGCUCUCUCUGACUGUGGCCGUCCCCACACGCGGAUGCGGCAUACACUCAGAAAUCUUCUAGAAAACUAUGAGCACGGAUUGGGGUCUACUAAUUCACGGUUCCCAGUCCACCCCCACCCCACCUUCCUGUCUCUCUGCUCCCCUCUCCUGCCUUCUGUUGCAUCUUCUCAUAUCAUUUUAAUAAACCUUUUGGUUUUCUG